AUGGGUCUUCACAAGGAUGAAAUCAACUUUUGCCUAAGUAGAAUCCGCCACCAUCUUCUUUUAUUUACGACUCAAAAUCCUAUUCCUGCUGGCGUUUCGUUAUUCAUGUUAGUCCUCUACGUGGUCCUUCCUUCGGUUUUUCGUGUUUUGCUUCAUUCCUUUCCCGUUUUCGUGAUGAUCACGCUUGCCGUCAGAUUCACUCUCGAUCGCAAAAUUGGAAAUGUAAACGUAAGUGAACCCCAAGAAAGUAAUGAAUUUUCGGAGCCGGAGAGUCCCAUGUGUAAAUCGGGAGACAAGACUUACAAACGUGCGCAUUCGGUUAGACGAAGAAAUGCUAAAUUAAAGGAAAAUUUCAAUAAUAUUGCACAAGAAAAGGAUGUAACGACUACUUCUAACGAGGAAGUGGUCGAUAAAGUCACGUUAUUUGAAGACAACCCGAAAGAUAUCCGAGAGGUGAAACGAGAAAUUGUUAUCGUUCCUAAACGUGUGGAGAGUUCGAAAAGGGGAAAUAAAGAAGAUGAUGACGAGAAUGAUGAGAAGAACUCGAUGGAUAUUGCUGGACUUUCUGAGGCCGAGAGAAAUACAAGACUCGAGAGUCUUAUGGCAAAGAGAAAAGCUAGGAAAAUGCUUAGCGUACAAUUGAGGAAAGCGCUUGUUAAGAUGGGUAAAAACGAUCCUCGAGCUCAAUUUGCUUCUAUUCUCAUUCCGAAAGCUACCCAUGAUGUUCCCACCUCGCCAACUCCAAGUUGUGCUCCUUGUGUUUUAUUUCCAACACGAAAUCCCUUCGAUAUUCCUUAUGAUUCUCACGAGGAGAAACCAAAUCUUUCUGAGGACGGAUUCCAGAAAGAAUUUGUGGCGAAUCAAUCUAAGAACUCGCCACCAAUUUUAACCAAUGAAAAUCAUGAUACCAAACAAAUGAUUCCAAACAUCACGGAUUGUGCAUCAUCUCCUAUUAAUGAACCAAGUAAUGUAACAAAUGAACAACAAGAUAUGAUCAAAGACACACUUUUUGUCUCAUCACCCGCGUCAUCUUCAUCAAACAAUGAGACAACACCGAGCAAGGAUGAUACCGUAAACAUUAGCAUUCCCGGUCCUCCACCUCCAAACGAUUGGAAUAACAACGAGAAAGGAAAUGAAGAAGGAUUGUUGAGUAGUACAUCCAAAGAAGUUUGUCAUACCUCAAGAUCAGAUUCAAAUUCACAAGUUGAGGUUUCAGGGACAACAAGUUUGACCCCACCAACAACUAUUGUGGACGAAACAACUUCACAUUCUGAUCAUGGGAAAGUCGGUAGUAUUGAAGACGAGGGAUCAAGUAGAUCAAGAGAAGUGCAUGAAUUGAGAGAGCAAGACAUUAUGGACGUGGUGUUUUCUGGGCUCGAACCAAGUUAUGAGCAGGAUUUAGAAGAAAACGAAUCCCCUGUGGCUAAUGAAUCUAUCAACAUGAUUAACCAUGAUCAUAAACACAUUAGUACAGAACAAUCUCGGAAGGGAAAAUCAAUAGUUGAGGAGAAUAAUACAUAUGAAGCUGAUAGUGAUGACAUACCAAAUAACAACGGGAAGGAGGUCAUAGAUUACAUCAAAGAUACAUAUGAUGAACAACCAUCAUAUGAUCAUCAACCUUCGUCUUCUAGCAGCAAUAACAUUGAAUUUUCAGUAAACAGAUCAGAUCAUGUUAAUGAGAUCAAUCAUCAAAAGGAAUACAACCCAUUUGCAGCUUCAUCAUCACAUUCGAAUAUCACUGAAAAUGAAACAAGCAUUGCCAAUAAUAACGAUGAACAACAAGAUGUACAGCAAGAAAUGGUGGUUGGAGAAGGCUCUUACGAUUCAAGUUCAUCUUCUUCAACCUCAAGAUCUUCAAGUACCCAUGAAAAAAUCAUUCAAACAGAUCAAGAUUCAUCAGAUUUCCAUAAACCCACAAAUGAAAAGAUACCAAAAUCUGAUCAGUCUGCUGGAAACUCAUUAAUGACAUCAAUUUCAAGUUCCCCACAAAAUGAAAUGCAAAUAAAUGAGAGUAACGUUACGCCAACAACAUCUGAGGAUUCAACUGUUAAUGAAUUCAAUCUUCGGAUUGGAAGCGGGCAAAUGUCUACACAGGAAACAAUACCAUAUUCUACAGAUGAAAUGGAAGCCAUUAAAGAAGAGGAAGCUGAAGCUGAUUCAGACGAGAUGAACAACAAAGGGAUGUGA